UCUAGAGCCAUAAGGCUAUACGGGAACAGAACGGUCAGUGGAGGGUAUCGGUCAAGAAAUCCAAACCCAUUCUCGGCAUUGCCAUCGAAGGGGGUGUGAAUGUGCCCUCACAGACACAACCUAGGAUCAUUAGCAUACAUAGUUCGGGUGCUGCGAUAGAGUGCGGUGAUCUACACGUGGGCCACAUACUGCUGGAGGUGGACGGCCAGACCACAGCCCAACUGACCCACGACCAGGUGGCGCAAAAGAUAGCCCACGCCUUUUAUAACACUCCGCACAAGGAUUUCAUUGAAUUUCUGGUGAGAGAGAAGUCGAGGAAUGAGUUUGAUUUGCGGAGAUCUUCGUUCAUGUUAUUGAACAGCAGUUUUGAAUGAAAUGCAUUUGCAUUUUGUAUCACACUUUAUAUUGUGCUCAUUAUAUACCUGCGAAUUAAUGACA